AUGCCCGUCCAUCCUCGCUCGAUCAAAUCAGAUCCCCUGGGCGUCGUGGAUAGCCGCGUGCUGACAAUGACCGACUCCUCAGUUAGGGGCUUCCUUUCCCCUUCGUUUUCAUCAGUCAUCGCAUUCGAGGAGACUCCGCAGAGACUGUGUCUUGCAGACAGUCAAGAAGACAAGCUCACCCAGGAUGCCCGCUCCCUCUCGGCCGAGGAGUGUGCCGUCGAUGCUGAUGACUCUCGCGAAGCAACCUCGCAUGUUGAUGACACUUGCGAAGUAACACCUCAUACACUGAAGGCUUGGUUCCCCAAUCUUGAGCUGGAUGUCACGCUGGACAGGUACCGUGGUCUGGAUGGCCUCGCUGAACCGAUGAACCCCCAAAACACCCCGGCCUCGCCCAGUGAACGAGACAGUAUCCAGUGUGAGCCGUGCGACACGGAGAACAUACCCACAAGCCCUGCACCCCAACGGGCAUUCGCCCUAAACUGGCUGGGAGCGACGAUUGAGAAUUCUUACGACACACAUAGUAAUGGAUGGCUUAAACCAUCAAAAUUGCGCUUCUCGACAGAUGAACAGGGCCCUCUUACGUCGCCGAUGGGUGAGCAUAAACCGGUGAACGUCUACCAACCGAAGGAACUGGACCUCUCGCCGGUGCGAUGUGUUCGUUUCUCUCCCCAAUCCCCGCGUCCUCUUCGGCCGAUGAGUCGUCCUGUUCCAUCAGUGGAACGCCCGCAGGAUUACGUCGCCUCGCAUCGCCAAAAGAAGCAGUACGAGAAGUGGAAAGGUACUCGCUGUCAUGCUCGAGCUUCUCCGUAUCGCAGUCCGACCAAGCUCUCGGCAAGUCGUCCAAACAAGCGGCUCGGCAUCCAUUUCUCAUCUCUGUCCAACUUCCCCUUCCGCAGAAUUGGCCAGGCACGUCCUGAAAUCAACGACGAUGAGGGUGGAGACAUUGCUUUGGGAGAAGAAGUCUUGAAUGCCGUUGACCGGUCGACGCCUUCGGAUCAAUGCAAUCAUUCCUCGACGCAAAGUGAUCUCUUCGCCUUCUCUUUUUCUUUGCACAAGAUUCAAUGUCUGGAUCAACCGUUGUCUCGAAAUGUGCGAGUGUAUUCUUAUGUGUUUCAGUGGGGAAUGAACACGACGGCCCGACGAAUUGAGGAGCUGACGCACACUGCUGUCUAUUCAGUCCCGAAUGACCUGGUUAUGCAGGUUAAUUUCAUUCUACCAGCGCUGGUCCUUCGUCUCGCCAUUGCUGUCUUUUCUAUUGCGCGAUCUCUGGCCUGCUCGCCUCUCGGGGUAUUCGCUCUCCGGCUCGUCGGAUCUAUUCUGGCUCUCCUCGUUUCGUUCGCUAUCCUUCUGUUGUCCAAGUUUGGAGUAGCUCUCGACUUCCAUGUAGGCUGUGAUCAUCGCCUUUAG